AACGUAAGGGAAUUAACGUUAAUCAUAAUUAUUAUAUUCAAUAAUAAAUGUAAAAUUAAAUUUUCCUUUUAAUUGUUUUUGGUAGGGAGGUUAUCCUCCUUUCAAUUUCCAUUGUUGGCUUUCUCUUGGCUUUUAGGGUAUGUUUGGUUGAAGGGUAAAUGAUAUAGAAAAACAUUUGUGCUGUUUAAUAACUACUACGUUGAGUUGCUAUUUUAUAGAAUCGUGCUUUGUGAAGUUUGAUAGUAAUUUGCUAGGUUAAUACUCAAAAUCGUCCCGGAAAGAAAAGAUCACGCGAUCUCCAUUUUCAUCAUGAAUGAUUUUUUUUAAUCAAAUUAGUUCUUGAAUGAUUUUUUUUUUUAAAUCAUGUUCGUCCUUCCGAUAACUUCCUCACGCUAUCGUUAACGAUCUGCUGACCUGGAACGUGAAGUGGCAAGACAAAUUAUACCUGGCAUGCCGUGUGUAUUGCUGACGAUAUAUGUUUAGCAAAAUGUAUCAAUUUACUCCCUAAAUCUCAAUUAAAUAAACCCUAAUUCCCAUCUUCCCAUGAACAUGAUGCAUUGCUCGAGUGUUGUUGCUGUUCCAGCUGCUAUUGAGGGAGGAGAAAAUCGAUUUCGACGCUAUGAUGGGAGCAGAAGUGGAGGUCCCAGUGGUGGGUUGCCGUCGCACUCACAUAGUAGCUAUGCUUCGAGCUCGUCCAUGCGAAGAAGAAGGAAAAACGAUGAGGAAACCUGUUGUAUUAUCAACCACUGCAACUUUUUCUUCAGGGAGCCAAGGAAAAUACUCCUACCUUUAGCUUGGGCAGAGUUGAAGAGGGUGAAUAUGCAGUUGAUUUUCAUGCCCGGUUAUCCCUGUUACAAGCCUUCUCCGUUUGCGUCGCCAUUUUGCAUGGCACUUAACCAUUAUCUCAAUGUAAUUCACUGGAAAUGCUUAUGAGAGAGGAAGCAGAGCUUUUUAUGCAAUCAAAGGAGAAGAACAAGACUCUACCUUAUGUAAUGAUGCACCUUUUUCUCCUGUUGCACGAGUAUAACAAAAAUGGGAGCUACAGAUUCUACAUAUCUAAAGUAUAAAGAGUUAGAGACAGAACAGAACAGAAUGCAUUGCUCCAUAGGAGAAAUUGAAUUAUUCUUUAUAGUAAUUUAGUUUUAUUUAUUCUAUAAUCUGUAAAAUGUAAAUGGAAUAGAGUUAAUUUUGUCCACAAACUUGUAUUAUAAUGGGAUAGUUAGAACUUAGAAAGGAAAAAAUGUA